GGCCCCGCCCCCGGGCACCAUGCUGCCCUCGCAGGAGGCCUCCAAGCUCUACCAUGAGCACUACAUGCGGAACUCGCGGGCCAUCGGCGUGCUGUGGGCCAUCUUCACCAUCUGCUUCGCCAUCAUCAACGUGGUGGUCUUCAUCCAGCCCUACUGGGUAGGAGACAGCGUGAGCACCCCCAAGCCUGGCUACUUCGGCCUUUUCCAUUACUGCGUGGGCAGCGGGUUAGCGGGCCGCGAGCUCACCUGCCGGGGCUCUUUCACCGACUUCAGCACCAUCCCGUCCAGCGCCUUCAAGGCGGCCGCCUUCUUCGUGUUGCUUUCCAUGGUGCUGAUUCUCGGCUGCAUCACCUGCUUCGCCCUUUUCUUCUUCUGCAACACCGCCACCGUCUACAAGAUCUGCGCCUGGAUGCAACUCUUGGCAGCUCUGUGCCUCGUGUUGGGCUGUAUGAUCUUCCCCGAUGGCUGGGACGCCGAGACCAUCCGGGACAUGUGCGGGGCCAAGACGGGGAAGUACUCCCUGGGGGACUGUUCGGUGCGCUGGGCGUACAUUCUGGCCAUCAUCGGGAUCCUCAACGCGCUCAUCCUGUCCUUCCUCGCCUUCGUGCUGGGCAAUAGGCAGACUGACCUGCUGCAGGAGGAGCUCAAACAGGAGAACAAAGAUUUUGUAGGCACCACAGUCAGUUCGGUGUUGCGGCCAGGAGGUGAUGUCUCUGGAUGGGGAGUCCUGCCAUGCCCUGUUGCUCAUACACAGGCACCCUGAGAGCCAGGACUGUAGCCCAGGAGUUGGCCCGAUCUCAACAUCUUUCGUCUGCUGCCCUCUCGUUCCUGCGGUCAAGCUCCAGACCCCAAUCUCUGACUGCACACAGCUCCAGGCUUUGAAAAGAGGCAGGGGUGGGGUGGCAGCUUGGCGGAAGGCAGAGGCCCUUGGGGUCCUGAUUCUGGUCCUGCCUCCUAAGGGAGCCUGGUUCUCCCUCUCUGGUCCUUCCGUUUCCUUCUCACCGUGUAGACUAGCUGGAGGUCCCUGAGGACCCCCGGGGAAGGAAGCUCUGCAGGGCGGGCUCCUCAGACCCCUUCAGUCUGGAAGGCUGCCUGCUGCCUCCUUGCCUCCCCAAUCCUGGUCUCCUACAGAGACUUCUUCAAGACACUGCCCCAGGAGGGCCAGACUUUUUCCUACUUUAUUUUUAUUUGCUGAUGAUGGUCCCACCACAUCUGCCACAAAGCUCCAGGUGCCACCAGCCCCACCUACGGGGCCUCUUCUGACUCCCUCAUUCAAGCCUGCACCCAGCUCUCAGAGGAAUCGAAGCCGUGCUGAGGGAGAAAAGAUAGGGUCUUCCUUCCCACUGCUGGUAAUCCCUCAUCACCUCAGAGUCUGAGGGGAGACACAGGCUCUGGAGGAGGCUGCGGGAGGAGGCAGCUGAUCACCGCAGCUGGAGUUUGCCAGUUUCCCAGCCUGGGACUGGCCUGGCCUCUUCUCUACCAGGAUAGCUUAUCAGCGACUGAGCCCUUGACUCUGGCCUGUUUUGUACAGCAUAGACUUCUCAGGCCCAUUGUCAGGGUCGGUGGCUGUGGAAAGGGGGCUCAGAGGUGGAGUUAGGGGAUCCUCUCUCCUUCUCUCGCUUCCUACACUCGGACAUCUGCCAAAGGCAGGGACUGUCUUGCGUCUUUGAUACUUUUCUGCUAACUUGAACUUGCAGAUCACCUCUGAACAGGGUACCCUUGUCCCCAUCCCAGGCCCUGUUACCCUGCCCCUGACUCUUUCUCCUCCUUGCCCACUCUCGCCUUGCGAUAUGCCCAGGGUCUGCAACCUCAUGGGCAGUGCUUGGAGUUGAGGUGUGUGUGUGUGUGCGUGCGUGCGUGCGUGUGUGCGUGUGUUUGUGCGUAUGUACGUGUAUGCAUGCGUGUGUGUUAGGGAGGGGCAGAUGAGACUAUCUCUCUUCUCUCACCAUGGGGGCUCCUCUCUUCUCUCAUUAGCAGAGAGAAAAUGAGGGAGAUUCCAGGUGUUUUUUGGACCAUCCUUGGUUACCUUAUAGACCUGGUGGCAGAGCCAUCUCGUCAUUGACAAGCCUUCUGUCCCCAGUGGAGGGGUGGCAGACUAGCUGCAUCUAGCAUAAUGCCUCCUGGGGCAUGGCCUGCCGCGUGGUCCCUGUAUUGAGGAGUGUGUGGCCCCUAUGGGCUCCACAGGGAGCUCAUCACUUCCGUGUGUCACGUGGGCCUCAGCCAGAGUUGGAAGGGUGGCUAGUCCACAUAUUUGCUGUCCUUGUGUUCAAUUCCAAGCUCAGACUUGGAGCUGAGAGUUAGGAUUCCUGAGCAAGACCCAUGACCCAAGGCUGCCCCAUUCAGACCCUGGAUGGAAUCGGAUUCUGGCUUCUGGAAGGAUUCCUGAUACCUGGCAUUUUCCAGACCGCAUCUCCACUUUUCCUCCUCUUUCCUCCAGGACAGACACCUCCCCCCGAGCUUUGGUGACUGCCCUGUGUCCCCCCCACACACUUGUUCCCAUCCAGUCGCCUCCUAGAGCCCCAGCACUGGAGCUGUCUUCUGCAGGUGGCCAGGAGACUGGGAAUGGAUGGGGUGGGGCUUGUAUGAAGGAGAAGAGAGCAGGAGUCAGUUCCUUAGAUUCAAACCAGAAGAUAGGAGGGCAAGGUAGUGGGUGACAUUGGGAACUAGGCAGGGAGGAAGCAGGAGCAGAGCCAGAGAAGCAAAGAUGAGAUGGGAGACAGGCAUGGCGAGGGAGGGGCUGUGUGGUGCAGAAGGAGUUCCAGGAGGGAUCUAGAGAGACACACAGUGAUGGGGAAGAGAAGAAUUGGAGAGGGGUUUCCGUGGAGUAGCGGGCAGUGGGUGAAGAGGAACAGGAAGUGGGAGAUGGAGGUGUGGUUCGCAGUGGGCCAGAAUAAAAUGUGGAGAAGAGGGUCGGCAGGAGGAGGGGGAAGAAGAAAUGCUGGAGGUGGGGCGAGGAGGGCAGCCAUGUGGGUGCUUGAAGACUGUUCCCCUAAGGACACCUGCUGUCCAAGCCACCACCCCCCAUGCUGUGGUGGACAGGCUAGAAACGACUCCAUGGAGGUCAAGGGACUGGAGGUCUGUGGUCCAAGCAGUUUUGUUCCUUUGUGGAGGAGAGAGAGAGACUGUGUGUGUGUGUGUGUGUGUGUGUGAGUGCACGCGUGUUCGCGAGAAUGUGAGUGUGUAUGUUUGUAUGUGUGUGUUUGUAUGUGCGUGUGUGCGUCAGCAGUAGGGUAACCACACGGGGGAGGAAGGAAACUAAUUCCUUCUGGGGAGCCAUCUAACAGUUUCCCAUCCAUACCGUAGCCAACCGGCUACUGCCCAGCAAUUUGAGAUCCAUUGUGGAGUUUCAGGUUGGUGGGCUGAAGUCUGCAGGAGCCCCAGGAUAGCACGGGGAAAGAAGAGAGGUAGUAGUACGUACCACAUUGCGGUCUUGAAGACUGAGAAGCGGUAGGGACGGGGAGAAUGGAUGCUUUAUUCAAGAGCUCAGGUGGGGCUCUGGCAGAUCCGGCAGCUGGAGCGGCACAGUUGGGGCAGGUGAGCCAGUGUUGGCCUUUGGGAAGGGACAGGCUAGGAAGGUCGACAUCUCUGCUUCUGAUCACCAACUAAGAGCUUCCUGACUUUAGGUCAUUAAAAGUCCUCAGCCAGCUGUGGCUGGACAGCUGGUGUUUCUUUCCUGUUUCUGACUUUCUUCGCUCCUGGCAGAGAGUGAAGAAAGCAGCCAUAACCUCGAGGUGGUCUGGUCUCUGAUCCAAAACAAUGGUUAGACUGGUCCUUGGGGCUGUGACAAGUAGAACUCACCUCUCAGGACCGCAGUGUGGAGGAGGGCCUUCCGAGGGCGUCAGGAUGUGGGGGAAGAUUGACAGAGCCAAGAUGACGGCUGGCAGCUGGAGCUCUGGGGAAGGAGCCCAGGACUAAGGGUCCCCCUUGAGCACAGAGCACACUAGUUCUUCUCCAGCCCCCGGUGUGGAAAAGGGAAACCCUCUUUUUGGAGGGGCAGGGCUCCUUCUAGUACAAGAAGUUUCUAUGGGUUCUUGCCUGGCUCAGUCAGAGCUAGGGUAGGACUGGAGUUUUCCUGAGAAAGUGAUCAGGAGCGGCCAGCCCUCCCUAGGACUCCGACAGCCCUCCGAGGCCCUGUGCUGGGUGUUAGGAUAGAUUGGUGUUGUCUACACCCCAUUAGUAAGUUCUGUCUUGAAUGUGUCCUUGAUGUUCAUUGUCCAAUUUGGUAACAUUUCUUUUGGUCCUGACCCCUUCUGCUGCUGCUGGAUCUGAGCUUCAGUGCAGGUGGAAUGAUGUUCAAAUAAAGACACAAUUUAUAUCACC